CGCGCCCCCGCGCCCGGCCCGGCGUCGGGAGCGCGCUCUGUGUGGCCGCUGCCGCCAUGUUGUUGUGGUUGUGAGGAGGAGGCGGCGACGGCGGAGGAGCACCCCGACGAGACGCUCCAGCGGCCCAGGCGCUGCCCCCCGCCGGCCCUGGCUGGGAGCCUCGUGGGGUGGCGGAGGAGGCCGUGCCGUGGCGGGCCUCACCAUGUCCUGCCGCCCGUGAACCUGUGGUGACCUUAUAAAAGGAUCAGAAAUAGGGAGGAGGAAAACUGAGUGAAAAGUAGAACAGAGAAGAGGAAGUAAAGAGGUGAGAUAUAUAUGAUUUUCUUGUGAGACCUUCUAGUAGAAAAAGUUCUUGGGACAAAGUUCUUGAUUCAGGCAUAAAGGAAAGAAAAGCUUUGCCAUACACUGAAGAAGGGACGGGGAUCUCUCCUCCUAAUCUGGGCCUCCUGUCAUGGAUGAAGAGACUCGGCACAGCCUUGAGUGCAUCCAGGCCAAUCAGAUCUUUCCCAGGAAGCAGCUGAUCCGGGAGGAUGAGAAUCUUCAGGUUCCUUUCCUUGAACUUCAUGGAGAAAGCACAGAGUAUGUGGGCCGUGCUGAGGAUGCCAUCAUUGCCCUUUCUAAUUACAGACUUCAUAUCAAGUUCAAGGAGUCUCUUGUUAAUACUGCCUCUCAAUCUACUGCUUCUGAAGUCCCAGUUCCAUUACAGCUUAUAGAAAGUGUUGAAUGCCGAGAUAUAUUUCAGCUUCAUUUGACUUGCAAAGAUUGCAAAGUUAUCAGGUGUCAGUUUUCAACUUUUGAGCAAUGUCAAGAGUGGCUUAAGAGACUGAACAAUGCAAUCCGACCACCUGCUAAAAUAGAAGAUCUCUUCUCAUUUGCAUACCAUGCUUGGUGCAUGGAGGUUUAUGCCAGUGAAAAAGAGCAACAUGGAGACCUGUGCAGACCAGGGGAACAUGUAACAUCAAGGUUUAAAAAUGAAGUGGAGCGGAUGGGUUUUGAUAUGAUCAAUGCCUGGAGGAUUUCCAACAUCAAUGAGAAGUACAAGCUGUGUGGUAGCUAUCCUCAGGAACUCAUAGUGCCUGCCUGGAUCACUGACAAAGAACUGGAAAGUGUAGCAGGCUUCAGGUCCUGGAAGCGCAUCCCUGCCGUCAUCUACAGGCACCAGAGCAAUGGAGCUGUCAUUGCCCGCUGCGGGCAGCCGGAGGUCAGCUGGUGGGGCUGGCGAAAUGCUGAUGAUGAGCACCUGGUGCAGUCAGUAGCCAAAGCUUGUGCCUCCAACUCCCGAUCGAGUGGCAGCAAGCUGUCAACUAGGAACAGUUCUCGAGACUUUCCCAAUGCAGGAGACCUUUCUGAUGUGGAGUUUGAUUCUUCUCUGUCACAUGCUUCAGGAGCAGAGAGUUUAGCCAUCCAACCUCAGAAGCUUUUGAUUUUGGAUGCACGUUCUUAUGCUGCAGCUGUUGCAAACAGAGCCAAAGGAGGAGGCUGUGAAUGCCCAGAGUAUUACCCCAACUGUGAAGUUGUGUUUAUGGGGAUGGCAAAUAUUCAUUCAAUCCGGAGGAGUUUUCAGUCUCUGCGGUUGCUGUGCACACAGAUGCCAGAUCCGGGAAAUUGGCUCUCAGCUCUUGAAAGCACAAAAUGGCUCCAUCACCUGUCUGUGCUUUUGAAGUCGGCACUUUUGGUAGUGCAUGCUGUGGAUCGUGAUCAGCGACCAGUGCUAGUGCACUGCUCAGAUGGCUGGGACCGCACCCCCCAGAUCGUGGCAUUGGCUAAGCUCUUGCUGGACCCUUAUUACCGAACCAUAGAGGGUUUCCAGGUCCUCGUGGAGAUGGAGUGGCUGGAUUUUGGUCACAAGUUCGCUGAUCGGUGUGGUCAUGGGGAGAACUCUGAUGAUCUCAACGAGCGUUGCCCAGUGUUUCUGCAGUGGCUUGACUGUGUGCAUCAGCUUCAGAGGCAAUUUCCUUGCUCUUUUGAGUUCAAUGAAGCAUUCCUUGUGAAACUGGUGCAACAUACCUAUUCCUGCCUCUUUGGAACAUUCCUGUGCAACAACGCCAAGGAGAGAGGGGAAAAGCAUACUCAGGAACGGACAUGCUCCGUGUGGUCGCUGCUUCGGGCAGGCAACAAGGCUUUCAAAAACCUACUGUAUUCCUCUCAGUCAGAAGCCGUGCUGUACCCUGUGUGCCAUGUGCGUAACCUGAUGCUGUGGAGUGCAGUGUACCUGCCCUGCCCAUCCCCGUCCACCCCUGUGGAUGACAGCUGUGCACCAUACCCUGCCCCUGGCAGCAGCCCUGAUGAUCCACUCCUGAGCCGGCUACCAAAGACUAGAUCAUUUGACAAUCUGACCACAGCCUGCGACAACACGGUGCCUCUAGCCAGCCGGCGCAGUAGCGACCCAAGCCUGAAUGAGAAGUGGCAGGAGCACCAGCACAGGCGCUCCCUGGAGUUAAGCAGCCUGGCUGGUCCUGGAGAGGAGCCUCUGGAUCCCGACAGCCUGGGCAAGCCAACCAAAGUGCUGGGAGGCGCAGAACUAUCUGUUGCAGCUGGAGUGGCUGAGGGGCAGAUGGAGAACAUUUUGCAAGAGGCCACCAAAGAGGAGAGUGGGGCAGAGGAGACUGUCCAGAGGGGGAGCGUCCUGAUGCAGGAGGUCACAGAGGAGGCUCUCUUAGAAAAGGAAAGCAGGGCGCAGGCCCCUGAGGACUCAGCCAUUGUCCUUCCUCAAGCACCACCGCUGGAUCCUGCUGUUCUGAGGAGCCCUCCAGGCAUCGGUCUUCCUGAUGAGCAGGGCGGGCACAGUGUUCUUCCCAGCUCUCUCCAGGAGCCCCCCAUGGGAGAGGAGGUACUGGAGGUCCCUGUAGAACAGCCUCAAAUAGGAGAUAUCGCAGAGGAGAGGGAGGAAGCAAUGACUACAAUCCCAGUUGAUGAAAAAAUUGGUUAUGGUACCUCACAGUCAAGUUCUCCGCUGCUCUCGCAAGUCCCAUUUGAGGGCAGAGGACCAAGCAUAGACAGCUCUUUGGACAUGUUAAUGGAAGAUAAAGUGAAGUCGGAAAGUGGGCUUCCUCAUAGACCUUUCCUGGUAAACAGUGGCAGGCUCAGUGGCAAGGACGUGUUUCCUCAAGCUGUGGAACCCAGGCCUCCAGAGAAGAGCCUGGCCGAGAGGCCCCAAGUGGGAUCUGUGGUGCAGAGGACUUCCCCUGGCAGCACCCACAGCCCAGCACGUUCUCCUUGUGCCUUGCCUGUAGCUGAAUGUAAAGAGGGACUUGUGUGCAACGGUGUCCCAGAGACUGAAAAUAAGGCCUCCGAGCAGCCCCCAGGGCUUAGCACCCUCCAGGAGUACCCCACCCCCAACGGGCAUUGUGCCAAUGGGGAGGCUGGUAGGAGCAAGGACUCACUGAGCUGCCAGCUCUCUGCUAUAAGCUGCAGCUCUGCCCACUUACACUCGAGGAACUUGCACCACAAGUGGCUACAUAGCCAGACAGGGAGGCCAUCUGCAACUGGCAGCCCUGACCAGCCUUCUCGCAGCCACCUGGACGACGAUGGCAUGCCUGUGUAUACGGACACUAUCCAACAGCGCCUGCGUCAGAUUGAGUCAGGCCACCAACAGGAAGUGGAGACCUUGAAGAAACAAGUCCAGGAGCUGAGGAGUCGCCUGGAGAGCCAGUAUCUGACCAGCUCUCUGCGCUUCAACGGGGACUUUGGGGACGAGGUGAGUCCUUCAGAGAAAGGAGGACAGGCCCAAAGCACUCAGUUUCAACACACAGAUACUUCAAUCCCCGACUCGGAAAGCAAUCUGGAUCAGAACUCUUUGUCUCGCUGCAGCACAGAGAUUUUCUCUGAAGCCAGCUGGGAGCAGGUGGAUAAACAGGACACGGAGAUGACACGUUGGCUCCCUGACCACCUGGCUGCCCACUGCUAUGCGUGUGACAGCGCCUUCUGGCUCGCCAGCAGGAAACACCAUUGCAGGGACACUGACCGUGUUGAUCAAACGUGGAAUUGUGGGAAUGUAUUCUGCUCCAGUUGUUGUAAUCAGAAGGUUCCAGUUCCCAGCCAGCAGCUCUUUGAACCCAGUCGAGUAUGCAAGUCUUGCUAUAGCAGCCUACAUCCCACGAGCUCCAGCAUUGACCUUGAACUGGAUAAGCCCAUUGCUGCCACUUCAAACUGAAGCUACGUGACCUGGGGCAGGCAGAGGCCAAGCUGCUGUUCCUCUGACAGGCCCACGCAGCCUGGCAGACCGAGAGGCCCGUGCACUUUGGAAUGGGGGCUUGGAACCACCUGUGCAGAGUGACAGAAAUUUGGGAUGUACCACUGGAUUGUAGAUUGAUUUUUCUUUCCUGUUUUUUUUUUUUUUGUUUGUUUUUAAAUCUCCCCUUUCCAUGCUCCCCUGGUUGUCUUGAGGGAAAAAAAAAAAAAAAGGAAAAAAAAAUGUAAUGGAAUGCCAGAGAUUGCCAGGCCCCAAGUAACUGUAGAGCCGCCUGUUGUUAGGCGAUGCUGAGGGUUGGCUUGGUUUCUCAGGAUGGAAGGAGGCUGGUCAGAGUCGGGAGUGGAGGCCUGAGAUAAUGUAUGGGGAAGAGCCAGGGCUAACAUUUGUGACCUUCCUCACGCCACAUCAGAGCUGGCUGGAAGCAUCUUCCCCUAAGAGCAUUACCCUGGGUGCCCUCUCCCUCCUGCAAGGGACCAGUCCCACCUACAGACAGAUGAGAUUGGCUUUCGGGGGAAGGAAGGCGUAUGUUGUUCUGAGGCAAGUGAGAGGGGAGGGGCUGGAGAUGGGUGGUCAGCAUGCUCUCCCCGUGGGAUUGUGUUUAACUUGAUCUAUGGCUCCCUUCGCCAGGCUGUGUCGUGCUUCCCAUGCUUCCCACUCUCAGGCAUAAACGUGCAGACUGGCCAGAGUGCUGUUGCUGUGGCCAAGGCCAAAGCCUGCCCUGAGCCCAGGCACCUGGUCCCCCAAACAAUCUCGUCCUUGGCUAGCACAUGGAAAUCCAGACUCAGGGUUCCCAAAAUCCCCCACUCCCAAAGCAAACAAAUCAUGGACCUCCCCCUUAAGGGGUAGAAUCAGCCUUUUAGAGUUCAAGCCUCUGGAAAUGGGGCGUGUCCCAUACAAUCAGCCUUCCUCCUCCUGCCCUGCUCCUGUGCUGCUGGCAGAGUGAGGGCCCACUCGGUGACUCUGCAGUCCUUAGAGAAGUGACACAGCCCGUAAGCAAUUCAGGGCACCUCCCCUCAGUGAGCUUUGAUGUGGUCCCAAAAGAGCCUUAAAUCAAGAAUAUUUGUGGUGGAGGUGGGUAUGGGGAAGGGGUGGAGAGUUUAGGUUUGUGCAUUGUAAUCUUGGUUGGCAUCCAUGUUUUGUGCCUGCCCUCCCUUUUGUGGGUAGGGCCACGCUUGGGUCUGCUAAAGCUGCUAAGUGGUCACAAGGCGGAUUGUGGUGAGUGGUGGGGAUGAGACCAGGGAACUCUUCUGAUGCUUUCUGGAAGCAGUUCCCUGUUCCAAGACAAGCUCUGUCUCAGGAAGGUGGCUCCUGUGUGUGCCUGGACAUUAUUAAGAUGGGGCCCAGAAGCCAUCCCUGGAGCAACCAAUCCAGGCAAAGCCAAGAGCACCUGAGCACGAGCCCAACUUCCCAGUGGCAGCAGGUUGCGGAGUUUGAAUUUCGUGAAACAGGGUGUCGUUCUCCACACUCUGUGUGGUCUUCCCGUGCAGAUAGGGAGAAGUCAGUCUAACUGAUAUUGUGCAUUUCUUAGUGACAGGUGCCAAGAGGUUAUGAUACGGGUUUCUUGGGUCUGAUGUACAGUGUGAAUAAAUGCUUGCAGCUCUUAGCCCUUUUUUGAUCAAUGAAGCACUUUUUUAAUAUUUUCCUUUGUAUGUAAAGGAGGAGCCGUAACUCUCCGUAGCUGUACAUAUAACCCCUUUUUCCUAAAGAGGAGUCAGUCAGUGCUCCUAUAUUUUUCAUUUUUUGUCAAAGCAAGAAGUAAAUACUUUAGAACUGUUAAAUAUAUAAAUAAAGUGAAUAAAGUUUAGUGUUCCGCAUGGUA